CAAGUUAUUCCUAAGGACUUAAUAAGCCCAAGAAACAGCAAUAAACUCUCUAAAAGGAUUAUUCAGCACAACAAGAUAAAGAAGUAGAAAUGAGUAAAUCAAUGAAGCGAAGUCCGUAUGAAGUUUACACUCAGAAGCAAGUUAGAGCAGCAUUCGAAGUUUUUGACGAAGAUAGAAAAGGAAGGGCUAAAAUCAAGCAUCUUGGAACCAUUGUUAGAGCUUUGGGACGGGUACCAACAAGUAAUGAAUUGCAGGAACUAACUGGAAAGGUAGAAGAUCCGGAAACACCAGGUUAUAUGCAGAAAGAAAAGAUUUUGCCUGAAUUAAUUGAUUAUCUGAUGAAAGAUAAAUGGAAGUCUUCCUCGAAAGAAGUUUUGCUUCAAGCGUUUCAAGUGUUUGAUAGAGAUGGGAAAGGUUUUCUGGAAAGAGAAUAUUUUCGCAAGCUACUCCUGCAGUACGGAGAUUCGUUUGAAGAAGACAGCAUAGACACAUUCUUGGACGAGGCAACAGAUCCUAUUAUAAAGAAAAUUAAUUACAUAGAAUUUUGUGACAAGCUGGUUGCUCCUGAAGUAUUUGACAUCGUGCAACGUCAGCGAAAGCUUCGCAAGGAAAUUGCUAAUUUAAAGAAAGAAAACCGCAAUAAAAAUCCUUAUUUUGUCUAGUGAUGAAAUGAGUUAAUAAACAUGCAACGUUAUUUCAGACUUCUACUGGUGAAAGCAAGGUUUUACGAAUAAAUGAAAUUAUAAUUUAUUUAGUCAACUAAUCGAUUAAUCGAUUGCACAAUAAUAUUAGGUAACUAGGUACUUACAUGUUAUCGCAACCACCUUAAUAAAAGUCACAAAAUUUUCAGAAAACGCCAAACACUGGCAACCAUACGCAUAAGGAUUCUUCAGGUAACUUUGCCCAUAACAGCCUUUCAUUCAAGCAACGUGCCAUGUUUGUACGCGUUCUUUUUGUUGCGUUUCAAGUUCCAACGAUUUUUAUAAACAAAUCGUGAUAUUUUUUGCCUUAAAUGUAAUUUAAAAAUAUGGGCUUGUAGACUUUAUCAGUAAUGGAAGGAACAGCGGUAGAAUUUCUGCAGGAAUACAGAAUUUUGCCGCAAAGUCUAAAAAAGAACAAGGAGGAAAUGCGUUUAUUCGAUAGUCAGUUUUGCCGAUGUCUGUUCAAUUCUCUGAUAUUUUUUAAGCGAAAUUUCGCUGUGUACUUCAGGAAGAAGAAUGGAGCAUAAAAAACAAUAUUGGAAGAUUUGUGAAGAAUGUUAAUGGUUUAUAUUUUUAAUGUAUCACAUAAUACUUAUUUAACAACUAAAAUUUGUUUUUUAAAUUCUUAAAUAGGAUUUCUUUUAAUAUGUUGAUAAUGCCCUACUGGCUUACGAUAAUAUAGAUAGUUUGUGAAUCGUUUAAAAACAAUUCCAAUACCUUUACGUUUUCAUGUGCAACCUUUACGUUUUCAUGUGUAAAAAAUCGCCAAACUGUGCCAAGGUGCUUGCCUGAAUAUGUAAGGAACGAGAACUAUAGUGUCACUGAAGAUAUCACGAAAAGUGUUUAAAACAUCAGGCUCAAAUUCAGUACCUAUACGUUUAUAGGUUGAAUUAAAAAGACAGGCUGAAAAUAAAUUUAUAAAAAUAAAAAUAAUGCUCAAACUGUAUAGCUAAAUCGCAAGUUUGUUUUUCAUUGAAUGGAGCAUAUGUUCAAAUAAAGCUCGGGAUCGUGGAAUAUCAACUAAUAUCCUCACAUAAAAGAACUACAGAAGAGACGAUUUCCAGAUGAAUCCAUACCUUCCAACAAAAGACAGUGAAAAGUGCUUAUUUAAUUCCAAACAUUCACUAAAUGACACUACUUUUCGUUAAGUGUACUACCAUUUUGAUAUAGUUUGACCAUGAGUCAAACUAUAUCAAAUUCGGUAAGUUAUAAAUCGGUCAAAACUAUUUUUUAAUUUCUUCCCUAGUGUGAAACAAAACAUCGUAAAAAAUUACAAUUAUAUUAGUCUCAAGCCAAUGAACUCAAAACAAAGGCAUUUGCUUCUCAAAGAAUUGAUCGAAAAAAAAAAAAACCUCUAAAAUAACUUUCCAUACAGGAAGUAUCAGAAACCGGUAUUCCUAAUUUUCUCCAAUGUAUUAUUGAUUAUUUAAGUUACUAAAGUUAAAAUUAUCAGGCAUUGAAAUAAACUAGUAACAAUCUUUGUUCUUAGCCCGUAAAGUGAGCCGAUGAGAAAGUAAAAUGAUGUGAAAAAAAUAAAUGUAAGAUAUUAAACGCAGUUCUUUGUUUAAUUUCUAAAGGAAGAGUGGACUUUUCUUCUAAAGGUUUCUAAAGGUUUCUUCUAAAGGUUCUUUGUUUAAUUUCUAAAGGAAGAGAAGACUAUUUUUAAUUAAAGUCUUCCCUUUAAAUUGAAGCAAAGUAUUGGCAUAAAUUAAUAUCCACUUUAUUUCUAAAGAUAAUUAGCAAAACUGAUAACAAACAAUAUGCAUAUCAGUGGGGAGGAAAAAAAAUGCUCCGCCAAAAAGGAAGGAACAGCCACACUGCUCUGAAAGGAGAAUUUUCUUGUCUUAUGAGCUUAUACGUUUCAUUUCCAGAAAAAUGUAAAGCUUAUUAUUAAUAAAAAUAAAAAUGUUCAUUUUUCUUAUGGAAGGCAUAACGGCAAUUUGAAUUAACUUGCUAAUUUUAGGAAAAAUUCUAGCUCAACAUAUUCUUCACUAAGGAAUAAAAAGGAAUAUUAAAAUGAUUAAUAAGUCGAAUGAGCCAAAAACAAAAAUAAAUUGACUGAAGGUCAAUUGCUAGAAAAUACACAGCAUUGAAAAUUACCUGCUUUAUUUGUGAAAUCAAUAACAAAAUUUUAGAAAAGAACAAAUAAUUCUACAUAAAUUCUUAAAUAAAAGUGGAUGCAAAUCUAUGCAUAUUCUAGUUACACAAGUUUUGUAUUAAUUGUGCUUCUGAAAAAACCUAUAAAUUCUAGAGUUAGUAUAUAGGUACAGAUCAUCAUGCAACUGAUAACUGCACAAAAGAUGUCUUACUUGGGCUUCGAAAUGAGCCAAGUCACAAGCCUAAAUAGUACUUUCUUCCCGAAAUUUCUGUAGCCUGCACUGGAGUGUAAUAACAGUAUAUAGCUUAAAAAUUAGUCUGGCUUCUAACAAGAUGCAUAACCAGAUUAUUAAACUAAAACUACAUGCUUCAGUAUGAAGUAUUUUUAAAUAAUAUGUAAAUAAACUGUUGUUUUUAA